AUGUUGCAAGGCCCUUACGCUUCUUUUGCACUCGCUUUCUAUGGAAUACCAUCAACUUCAGCAGCGACGGCCGCGGCAGCAAUUGACUCAGAUGCAUGCAGCUCUCGACGCCCUCUCGAAUGCCCUGCAGAAGCAACACCACCAGCUGCAGCCGGAGGGUCUUUGCAUAUCUUGUCUUGCGGCUGCGCGCACAAAAUGGAAAGACAGCUGGCGGCUACUUGCUGUGAUGGAAACUCAGGUCUUGAACCCCCAACCCUCACCGAACAACUUUACCUGCAUCCCCUUAUCAGGAGCAUGCUUAACCUCCUCAACGCUGCCAGCGCCCAAGCCGAUGCGGGAGCCCUCGGACCUCUGGAUGUCGCCAUGACGGUUGAGGCAGCCGCAUCCUCUGGAGUUUGCGCCCUCGAGUUUCUCCAGAGAGUUGCGGAGACGGCUGCGUCUCUGGCAGCGGCAGGCCGCCUGAGCACCAAGGAGUUACUGUGGAUCUCUUCAGGAUUCGCGCGACUUGGAUUUGCUGCUGCGCGACCGUGGGAGGGCGCUUCAUCGUUGGCAUCUGCUGCGUCCUUCCUGGUAGCUGCCAGCAGGCUCUCCAGCUGUCAUGACACUGCGAGUCGGCAGCUGCUGGAGCUUGCUGCUGCGGCAGUGCGCGCGUGGCCAACAACAUUGCAGCAGCAGCAACAGCAGCAGCAACAACAGCAGCUUAUGACUGAUCCUGGAUCCCCAUUCUCUGCAACUGAAUUGUCUGCACAUCCAUUUCGGGUGUACCUGCAGCUUGUUGUGGCCCUUGUGCGUUACCCCCUUAUCCACAUAACCACUACCACCGUAGAUGCUGGAGCCUUGCUGUCUGAUGUUAACGCGCCUACUCUUGUUAGCUUUGCACAUUCAACCGCUUGCUUUGCUGCAACGGCUUCUUUGAUACACUUGGGCAAUAAGGAGCUGCUGGAUAUUCCCAGAUUCCUUGGGACUCUCGAAGCCAACAUUGAAGCAUGCAACUGCUCAGACUGGGCAGAGCUGCACCACCUCGCUGCCCUUUUGGAAAUUCAGCAGCAUCCCCAGUGGUUGAGUCUCGCUGCUAGUGCUGCUGGCCGUCUCCACCGCCAGCUGCUGCAGCAGAAGCAACAGCAUCAAAGGCCUGAAUCCGGACGAAGUGCUCCGCUAACAGGAGACAGGCUCGACGCAGAGGACUUCCUGGAGAGCCUUCGCCUGCGUUAUGGGUCUCCAACGUCAUGGGGACGCCUCCCUUCUACGCGCUCUUGA